AAUUAAAAUCAUAAUUGAUUUUUUUCAGGAUUGAAUCAGUAAAAAUGCCAUUUUAUUUGGCUUUGUUUUGUAAAUAUUAAAUAACAUAAUAGCUCCUACAUUAUGGGUGAUACCAGUAAAGAUGAGGAUUCUCCACCACCUGAAGAGGCUGACAACGAGAUGAUGAGCAUGUUUGCAAGUGUUUGGGUUAAGGUUGAAGUAGAAUCGGAAUCAGAGCCUGAGGCACCGCCUAAGAAGAGCAAACGGAAAUUCAAUAAAGUCCUGAACUGCUCAGAGUGUGAUUACACAACGGUUUAUAAGAACUGUCUGAAGCUGCAUAUGGUCGGGCACACUAACAGCAAACCGUUCUCUUGCCAAAUAUGUUCUUAUACAACGAAAUAUUCAACAUCACUACAAAGGCACGUCCUGAUCAGACAUCAACCUAAGGAAUCCGAGAUCACGGAAGAAGAUAAGAAGCUGUUAAGUCUUCAUAAGUGUAACGACUGUGACUACACAACUUAUUUUAAGUGGAACUUAAAAGCUCAUAGACGAAAACACAACAUAGAUAAGCAGUUCAAAUGUUCCGAAUGUUCAUAUUCUACGGCGUACAGGCACAACUUCUUAAAGCACAGUAAAGUCCACAAUAAACAGGAAUCUCUGUACAAAUGCGACAAAUGUCCGUUCAUUACGAAAUUUGAAGGUCACAUAACGAGACAUCUCGCUAAAAUACAUAACGAAGUUACCGAAAAGGCGAAUAAAUGCGAUUUCUGUGACUUUUCUACGUUAGUACGUUGGCGACUUAACAUCCAUAAGCAAAGGAGUAAGCAGGAGAAUCCAAUAAAAUGCUCCUACUGCCAGUUUGAGACGAUAUACAUGUGUGAGAGUAAAAAACACAAAGUAACGCACUACAACAAAAUAUACGGCUCGGGUGUAGUCCACAAGGAAGUCAGGCACGAGGCUAACAUACCAGAAGCAAUGAUUGUUGAGCAGACCCCCAAAAAGGAUGGCCAAAAUCAAUACACGCUGGACCCGAACUGCCUCGAUUGGAACAGCAUUCAAGUUCUUGAGUCUGAUGACAAAGAGCGACCGUUCCUAUGCCACAUGUGUAAUUACACGUCCAAGUUCAAAGCUGCCGUUCAAAGGCACUUCCAAAGACAUCACACGGGGAGCCAAAACAGGCCUUACAAGUGUGUCAACUGCGACUUCUCGACUAAAACGAAAGACCAAAUAGCGCUGCACAACAAGCGAAGCCAUUCAGACAAGAUAUUAUACUGUGGCAUUUGUAGCUUUACCACAAACUACAAAUGCCAGUUCGUUAUGCACCAGAAAUGCCACUACGCGUACAAAUGCUCCAUCUGUUCGUAUUCGUGCCGUCACAAAUACGAACUGCAGAAGCAUUUCACCACCCAGCACCUGGGCAACGGCCAUAAGUGCAGUUACUGUGAUUACAAGGCUGCGAGGAAGGAAAGUCUUCUGUGCCAUGAGACGAUACACACGGGAAUAAAGCCCUUCAAGUGCAGCUACUGCGACUACAUGUCUGUCAGGAAGUCGCUGCUGGUGAACCACGUGAAGAGAUAUCAUAGUGAAGUCAGAAAUGUCGUCACCAUAGUGAGCACCAGCAAGAUAGAGUCCUUGAAAGUACAAACCGACAAGGCGCCUGAUAAUAUAUAAAACUCAACUGUCCAGCUCGUUUUGUUGUUAAGAUAUGUACAAAUUUCCUUUAAUUUAUGGGCCAUAGUCCCAAAAGACGGUUAAAAAUUUUAUCAAGUUAUUAAUAAACAUAAGCAAGUGUAAUAAAAAAAUAUAUUAUUAUUA